AUGGCUAGCCAUGAAGAGAAAGAGGCUCAUGCCACCAUUGGUGAGGUUCAUACCGAGAACUCAAAUGUUUCAUUUGAAAACGAAAGCGUAGGCUCCGAAGAAUAUUUUCCUGAUGACAUAGACAAGUUAGUAAAACCGUUCAAUGUUGAUGCUGAGUCGUUUUCAUUAAAAAAACUAUUUAAAAGAGACAAAGUGCCAAAAGACAAAAAUUCAAUUGCUACUCGUUUAUCAGUUUUUGAAGACCCUGACCCACAAGUCGCUAAAAAAUACUAUCCUCCUCCCAAGUAUGAGAAUUUUACUAGAUUUGAUCCUUACUUUCGCUGGACAGUAGGAGAAGAACGGAAAGCUGUUCUUAAAGUUGACUUGAAGAUUCUUACUGUCGUUAGCUUGAUGUUUUUUGCUUUAGAUUUAGAUAGGGGUAAUUUGGGUCAAGCAAUUGCAGGCGGCUUUCUAGAAGAUACUAACAUAAGUGACGAUGACUAUAAUUUAGGUAAUACUUUACAAGUCGUAGCAUUUAUUUUGGGAGAAAUACCUUCUCAAUUAUUGGGAAAGCGAUUCGGGCCCGAUAAAUGGAUCCCAAUACAAAUUAUCUUAUGGCUGAUACUUGCUGGUGGUCAAUUCUGGGUCAAUUCUAGAAACUCUUUUCUUGCUAUAAGAUUUCUUUUGGGUGCUUUCCAGAGUGGAUUUAUUGCCGAUGCAGUUGCCUAUAUAAACAUGUUUUAUACAAGGGAAGAACUUAGUACUAGGUUAGCGAUCUUUUGGUUAACGAACAAUUACGCAUCCAUUCUAUCAUCAUUGUUGGCCAUCGGUUUCUUGAAAAUUGACUUAUAUGGAGUACGUCCUUGGAGUUGGCUAUUUUUAUUUGAUGCGAUUGUUUCGUUAACAGUUGGAAUUGCAGCUUAUUUUUUAAUGGUUCCAGGGCCAUCGCAAACAAAAAAAAAGUGGCUCAAACAGGGUUAUCUAACUGAAAAAGAGGAAAAAAUUAUUGUAAACAGAUUAUUGAGAGACGACCCUACCAAAUCAGAUAUGUCAAAUCGGGAAGGUAUUUCGUUUAGGCAGUUUUUAAAAACGUUGACGGAUUUCGAUUUGUGGCCACUUUAUAUCGUCUCAUUUUUUUUCGAUAUUGGUGUCUAUCCCACUACGGCUUAUCAAUCAAUCAACUUAAAAAGAUUAGGGUUUUCUACCACGGUGAUAAAUGCUUUGAAUAUUCCUAUACAAGCUUUUGGUGCUUUUACAUUUUUGUUGUGGGCAUUUUUGUCGGAUUAUUUUAAUGAAAGAGGUAUCAUAGGUUUCUUUUCUCAAAUUUGGAUGUUGAUAUUUAUUGUUAUUGAGUAUACUUGUGCUCAUAAACUCAGCCCAUGGGCUCAAUACGUAAUGAUGUUUUUCAUUAUAGGAUUCCCGAAUCCGCAGCCCAUAGUGGUGAGCUGGUGUUGCAGCGUGGCUUAUUCUGUAAGAGCGCGCACAAUAGCCUCACCUAUAUCUAAUAUUGGAGUCCAGCUUGCAUAUAUUCUCGGGGCAAACCUAUACAGAUCUGACGAUGCACCUUAUUAUGAGAGAGGAAAUCGAAAUCUAAUAGGGAUCGUAAGCACAGGCUCAUUUUUCUUCUUGUUUGCUAAAGCUUAUUAUAUUUUUAGAAAUAGGCAAAAGACAAAGAAAUGGAAUGUUUUACUGGCAGAGGAGAAGUUAGCAUAUCUCGAAAAGCAUCGGUUGGAUGGUAAUAAGAGAAUUGAUUUUUUAUUUCCACAUUGA